AUGGCACUGCGAUCGCUUCCAUUCACCUUUUCCUCACAGAUUAUGCCGCGUGUCUUCACGGCCUCCCAAGCUAUGUCUUCCGUCAGAGGACGAUGCUCUCACAUUUGGCAGACUUCCGCGCAGACGACCCCCAAUAUCUCUGCAACCCUUUUGAAACCCGGCGCAUUGGCAUUGAAUAUACCCGGAUUUCUGUCCGAUAUUUGGGACUCUGUACUCCGCGCCGUACCGAAAAAGAAAACAUCCCACAUGAAGAAACGUCAUAGACAGAUGGCUGGCAAGGCUUUGAAGGAUGUCAAAAGCCUCAACACCUGCCCUGGGUGCGGUCAAAUAAAGCGUGCUCAUGUUUUGUGCCCACACUGUGUUGAAACACACCCUACUGAUAUCUUCUCAUUGGCUGUAACCAACAAGCAGAUUUUAUCGGCUUCUGGUGUCUCUGCUCUCAAAGUUCACUCGACCGCUCACUCUGAUUUCCCACUAGUACAAUCAAUCGAUGAGGCCCAUAAACUUGGGUGUCAUCAUGUAGUAACCGAUGGCAACGGGUCGAGAUCAGUGAGUGUUGGUUUUGGUGGUGAGAUCAAGAUUUGGUCCUGUCAUGACGGGACCUGGUCCGAAAAUAAGACAGCCUCAGCUGGUAAUGCAGGAUCCACCGACAUAUGGGCAAUCGCCUUGUCAGACGAUGGCCAGUAUCUUGCCGGUGUAAGCCAAGAUGGGCACAUUCGAGUGUGGGAUUUGGAUGCCGGUGGCAAACAAAUACGUGAUUAUGAGACCAAGGGUAGCUUUGGUACCUGCAUAGACUUGUCGGCAGAUGGUCGCCUCAUAGCUAGCGGGCAUGAAAAUGGCAGCAUCUAUAUCUUCAGCACGGAAACAGGUCGUAUGCCGUUCAGCUUAUCAGGCCUAGUGAAGCCCGUGCGAGCUGUUGCAUUCUCUCCAGGGGGAAAGUUCCUCGCUGCUGCUGGGGACUCUAACGUGAUCGUAUUAUAUGACACUUCAUCUGGCGAGCAAGUGGCUAACCUCUCGGGACAUUCAGCAUGGGUUUUAUCGCUUUCUUGGAGCCACACGGGAGAAUAUCUCUUAAGCGGAUCAUUCGAUGGAAAAGUGAAAGUCUGGUCGAUCGAUACCAGAACAUGUGUUGCAACGCAUUCCGAAACAGAGAGAGCCGUUUGGAACGUCAAAUGGCUACCGAAGAUUGGGAAGUCAGAAGGAUUUGCCACGGCUGGGGCAAGCCGUAGCAUAUCAUUCUACAGGGAAGCUACAGGCGGCUGA